AUGCAGUUCAAGACUCUCUUCGCCGCCUCUCUCCUCGGCCUCGCUGCCGCCGCUCCUACUGAGGAAUGCGCAAGCACAAAGACCGCCCCCGCCAAGUCCGGCAACUCUCCCGCUCCCAAGACCUUCGGCCUCGUCGCCCUGCGCUCCGGCAGCCCUAUUCACUUCACGCACUUCAGCGCUUCUGAGAACGGCUUCUUGCUUGGUCUUCCAGCGGAUAAGCAGAACGCUACCUGCUCUGGCAAGUCUGACGGAUCAGCUGUCUUCCGCCUGAGCGAGGGUGAACUGUACCUCUACAACACUGGCAAGAAGCAGCAGCGCGCUUACACCGAUCGCUCUGGAAUGGGCCAAGGUGUUCUUCAAUAUUCUACCGUUACCAAGAACCCGCUUCCCGAGGCGUUCGAGACCAAGGGCUGGAAGAUCGACAAGUCUGGUAACCUUAACUUUGCCGAUGCUAGCGGCUUCACUGCAUGCCCCAACGGCCCUGAUGGCUCUUGGGCCGUUUGGGUUGCUACAGGUAACUCUCGCCCUGGAUACAGCGAGAAGGAGUGUCUUGGAUUCAACGCACGUGUUUCUGAGAUUGAGCACGCUACUAGCUGCUUUUACUCCGAGUACUCCGGUUAA